GCAUGGAAUUUGGCGAGCUGAGAACGUUAAGAGAACUGCAUUACCACUCUGCGCUGGAAGUAGCGUCAACAGCUUUCUCUUUGGUUACUUCCGCGUUUAUAUUCACUCGCAUUUGAGACUGCAAAGGACGUUGCGAUCGUGUUGUCUACUUUUCUUUCCGCGUUUUACGGAUAUUUUGAUUAUUGUAGAAAUCGAAUUUGGCAAAGAAAUGUAAUCAUGCGAUACUGUUCAGGACAUAGCCUACAUAUUCUCAGUUUUUCCGGAUUUUAUCCGUAAAGCUAAUGCACUUGCAAGUAAAUAAACUACUUCUAAUAAUAAACUUGCUAGCAAAUAAACAAGACAAAUAGUGCUAUAGCUCUACAGUUUGUUAGAUUAAUACCGCCACGGGAGCAGGUAAAACAACAGCCUAUUCAUUACGCAGAUCUAGUAGUCGUUCCUUUUCAAGGUGUUGCUGUCGGCGUCAUGAGAAGAAUUGUUAAAGUUGUUCUCCAGAUAACAUGUCAGUUAUUGUGGCUUGCUGGGCUGGUGGUGGGCCUUAGUGGCUUGUACCUCCUGCUGAACUACAGGCACAACGGGCUCUUCUUCCGUGACGUCUAUAUCAUCCUCCCUGCUGUAAUGGCCAUAGCAAGCGCAGUGGUCCUUCUCAUCAGUGGGAGCAUCGGCUGCUGGGUGUCUGUCAGAGAUUCCACCUGCCUGCAGGGUGUGGUAGGGAUCAAAGAAGGGAUGAACAGAGCAUUUGUGUAUCUGCUCAUCAUCAUAUUUUGUCUUGAGGCUACAGCUGCAGCAUUGGCUUAUGCAAACAUAGGAAAGGUACAUUCAGAGCUUGCACCAUUCCAGAAUAUAUUUAAGAAUUACAAUGGAAGCAGUCAAGAUCCUGAUUCUAAAGCUGUGGAUUCCAUACAAGAAGAGUUGCAGUGCUGCGGAAUACAGAAUUACACGGACUGGCAGACCACCCCCUGGUUUAAUCAUAGGGGAAACCUGAGCGUGCCACAGAGCUGCUGCAACUCCACCUUCCACACCUGCACUGGCACUCUGGAUCAAACAUACAUGCUGUAUCCCCAGGGUUGUCAGGUGAAACUGGAGGAUGCCAUUGGUUUUAUUCUACAUCUUAUCAUAUAUUCUACUGCAGCAGUGGCUGUGGUACAGAUUAUAGGGCUGGUUAGUGUGGCCCAACUGAUGAGACAGCAGCCUCUCCAGGGGUAUCAAAUCCUGGAAAGGAACACCAUAAAUUAGAUAAGUAUUAGCCACUUCAGGAAUCCUGAAAUACUGUAUUAGUCUUGUAAACAUUCAGGAUUUUAGAUACAAAUCACUUUGGGUCCCAUUCUCAUAUACAUUCUUGUGACUGUUCCAAAAUCUGGAUUACAUAUUCAAAUCAUCAUACUGAAAAAAAAAAAAAAACAACAAAUACAAAAUAAUAGAUGUUGCUGUGAAUAUUUGAAUAUAUUUAUUGCCAAAUAUUUUCA